UCAAACGAAAGACACAACUGAGCAAGAACCGUGGGAAUCCGGCUUUUACCUUUCAUUAUUCUCUCUACCUUGCUCUCCAUUAGAUAUUCUAUAUUUCGUAUCCAGCGCACUAUGUUGGCCAUGGGUGGAUUAUAUUUGAAGCACAUCGUGGUGGCAGCGGUGUGCUCCGUGCUGGCCACUGGGACGCUGGGGUCCCCGGUGGUGGGGCCAGAGCCGAUCCGAUGCGCCCCGUGUACUCCGGAGAAGCUGAGUCAGUGUCCAGCGGUGGCGCCCGGAUGCGCCGAGGUGUUGCGGGAGCCCGGCUGUGGAUGCUGCCUCGCCUGCGCCCUGACGGCUGGGGAGCUGUGCGGGAUCUACACGGCGCCAUGCGGCUCCGGACUGAGGUGCACCCCGAGACCCGGCGACCCCCGCCCGCUGCACUCCCUCACCCGGGGACAAGCCGUGUGCACGGAGAGCACUGAGCCCGAGCCGACCCCCGAGCCCCAGCCACAAGAUCAGGGAGAGCCAGAGGCUGAGAUGGAGAACACAGCCACCGUCUCGGACCCCGGCUCCAGCCACUACCUCCCCGGCCACAGCAAGCCUUACGACCCGAGGGCUGCUGCCGACGCUCAGGAGAGCAUGAAAGCCAAACUCGUCGCCAUCCGCAGGAAGCUGGUGGAACAAGGGCCCUGUCACGUUGAGCUGCAGAGAGCCUUGGACAAGAUUGCCAAAUCCCAGCAGAAAUUGGGAGACAAACUAACCAGAUUCUACCUCCCCAACUGUGACAAACACGGACUUUAUAAACCAAAACAGUGUGAAUCCUCUCUGGACGGUCAGAGGGGCCGAUGCUGGUGUGUGAACUCCUGGAACGGCAAGAAGAUUUUAGGUUCGACCGACCUGCCUGCAGACGCCGAGUGCCCUUAAAGAGAUCAACCACUGACGCAGAUCUCACAAAAAAGAAGAAGCAAGCCACUGAUUUUUCCUUUUUGAUAGCUGUUUAUUUAUUGAUCUUGUCCAUGGUGGUGUUUAAUUCAGGUACACUGUCAUUGCGGGACUGUGGGUCCCGACCACCCUGAACCCCUCCCUCUCUCCUCUUCAAACACCCGUCCCAAAGAGAAAAAAAAAAAUCUAUUUUUGUUUUUCUGAAAAAAGAAGAUUUUAAUAUUGAUGCAUUUACUUCUACUCUUCAGCCUUAUUUAUUUCCAUUUUAUUUCAUUUGAUUUGUUAUGUGUAAUUAUUUUAUGAGUAUUUAUAUCAUUUGUUGCCUUAUUGUUAUUAUAUUAUUAUUUUUAUGGCUGUAUAAAGUGUAUAUAUGUAUCUUGGUCCUGCGUAACUCCACUGCUGAGUUGAGCUCGCUCUACCCUUAAGGAGUUGUCUGGAGAACAAAAGCACUGAGUGACCAAAUGUCAUUUAGACGUUUUUUCCAAAUGUUGUUUUUAUGAUUCAUUUUCACAUUGCUGCCAUUGUUGUCUUCUUUUUUUUUCUUGUUAUCGUCUUUUUUUUCUGUUGUGACACAUGAUCAGCUCUUGUCAGUGAAUGCAAAACUCUCAGUCGGGAAUCCUUAAACAGUCUCAGAAAACAUUUCCCAUGGUUCCAUGGGGUUACAGAUAGCAUGACAGGCGGUGCCUCCCUGCAUCACCUCUCAGACGGGUAUUUCUACAUUAACCUACCUCCAAUAUUUAUGUGUCUGCAGUCAGUUGUGUUGAUGUAUCUGUCAAAAAAAAAGAUACUUGCUACUUUACUUUACACGUUGCUGUUCUGUUCUCUCUGACCAAGAACACAUGACCACAAAGAGCGAGGCCCGCGGCGAACCGUGUGGCGGCUCUGCUCUACCUACAUGCUGCUGUUGGAGAGAGAAUUAUUGUUUAUGUGAGUCUAUUCCAAAGUGACUAACUGCUCACUCGUGUGUAUGUACACUUUUGUAAUUGAGAUGUAUUGUAAGAAAAAAGGUGAUAUAUUUAAUAAAAA